CUAGCUAGUUGCGUAUUAAAAACCGGCUAGCUAAUUAGACUAGACUAGUUAAGUUAAUGUUAGAUUUGUCACUGGCAUGGUAACUUGUUAGAUGCGGUUCAGAGUCUGGCGAUUCUUAGCUGCGUUACGUUAGCUACGUAGGUAGACUAGCUCGUGUUGGCUUGCUUUCGGUUUGUAGCAUGACUAGCUAACUUAGCUGUCGCUGUGUUGUGAAUGCAUGUCUGUUGUGUUCCCACCGAUAAUUACAAUGUGGACAGUGAUAUUGAAACUGUAGGCUGUCUAGCUAAACAUUUAUUUAAUUAAAACAUGGACUACCUAACACCAUCUGGUUAGUCCCCAUACGACACUUGUUGCAUUAGCAUAACUCUGCUAGCUAACGCUAAUACGCAGCCAGUGACUUGCAUUUGUGGCAGCAUACAAAAACUAACGAUAACGUUACUUAAAGCAUUUUAGGCCAACUUGUCCAAUACUAGCUAGUUACUAAGCUAGCUGCUAUUUAGCUAAAUUCAUUUUGCUGUACAAAUUAGUUUAGUUCGCGAAUUGCAAUCCCCAUUCGGCGGCUGAAUAUUACAAGAUGCUACAGUGUAUCCACUCGCAAGAUGAAAACGGAGACAUUUGAGUGUCUGUGAGCAUGAUGUGGAAACGGAGGCGCAGUUGUGGCCAUGACGAUGGAGAGCCUCUACCUCAGGCCAAGAGGUCAGGCGCAGGUCACCCACUCUUCCCUGAACUGGGCAGGGAUGUCUGGGAUUCGGAGUCUUCCAGCAGUGAUUGCAGUGCUAUAAGCAGUCCAGAGGGGGCAGCAGGGAGCAGCAGCAGCGGCGGCGGAGGCGGCAGCAGCAGCACCAGCCUCCAAUGCGGGUCGGACAGCAGGGGGAGCCACUGCGCCGGAGGCCCCUGCAGCCCAGGUGGCUCCUCCCACUCCACCGAAUCGGGCCCCAUGAGCCAGGGCCCCUACCUCCACAUCAACCGCAUCCUGCGCGAAGCCCACUUCCACAGCCUGCACAGCCGCGCCCCGCCCACGGACACAUGACUCCGCCUCCAUGGGGGCAGGGCAGGGGGUACCACGGCCAGGGCUACAGAGAGGAAACCCCCCCCCCCCCCACCCCGUGCGCGCCUCUCUGCAAGGCUUAGGGGGAGAUUGAGCACCGGGCACCUCAACCCCACCACCUCGCACAACUUCCUGUCAGGCCCUUCUUCUGUUCACGCCCAUUAACUUCCAGUAGUGGGCGUGUCAUUUCUCAGUAAAAAAAAAUAAUAAAAAAGAGAGUGCAUCGACGAAAGAGCGUAAAUACCGUGUGCUAACAUCUCCAUUUUGCUUUUACUUCUUUUUUCUGGCCAUGCCAGUUAUCGUGCUGUGUACAGAGCCCCAGCAGUGUGUGAUUAGAUUAAAGUGUGAGGGAAGGAGGGAGUGUUGCUUGAAAGGGAUGGAGAGAGUGAGAGGCAAGGAUGUUCCCCUCGCUGGAAAUCGCGCAGCAUCAGCAGCCCUUCUCUUGACGUCAUUGGGUGACGUUCUCUUGACGUCAUUGGGUGACGUUCUCUUGACGUUAUGGUGACACUGUGACCAAAUGGGUAACGGGACCUCUUUACAGAGAGACUCUUCCCAUUUGCCACAGGUCUUUGCCAAAGCCGGUAACUUAACAACCAGUCACUCAAGCUUUACCUUUGAUUUGCGGUUUCCUGUGAUGGCUCCUUAAUGUCCUCCCCUGUCCAAUCAGCUGCGUCGAGACUAGAUGUUGUGGGAGGGGCUUAAUGGGUCUUCCAAGUUUGGAACUGGGGCCUCAGGGUUUUGCAGCCAGCUGAGAGGAAGGGAGUCUCCCUCCCUGUCCGUCAUCGUUUAACACUCAGGCUGUGCGCAGAGAAGGACCGCGAGGACCGCUCACGGUCUCACGGUCUCAGCUCGCCCUAGUCUGGCGCAUUAAAUAAUCACGGGAGGGCUGGAAAUCUCAGCGCUGGUCACCGAGCCGUACUUAAAUCCCUUGCCGCCGCCCACCCCUCCGACCCCCCCCGGUGUCCGACCCGGUCCUGUUCGCAGAACGCCUUGCCCGGCCCCGCCCCGCUCCGCCCCGCUCCCGUGGCUGUGUGAGGCAGCCCCUUGAUUGACACUGACCUCUGCACUGUUCAGCCAGAGUCCCAGGGAGCGACCGGUCACUGUGUGCCCUGGCCCCGAAGCACUGGUCCCGACUUGGCACAGGCCCCGCCCCCUGUCUUACCCCCUCCACCAGGGGCCCGAGGCAGUUCAGUUCUGUGGUUGGCACUGUGUUUAAGUACUUGCAAAAAUCAAAAGCAACAUUUGAUUGUUAUCAUUAAUAUUGAGUUUUUGUAUUUAGUAUUGUACAUGAUGAACCUCCUAUCAGACGUCAGAAGUUUAGAAUUCUUUUAAAUCCACCUCUUGCAUUUUGAAAUAAAAAUAGAUGUUUUUAAA